AUGCAUCACAUCAAAGACGCUUUUGAGCACUCGAAAGCGAAGAAUGGUUCUGGUCAGCAGCCCCUCCACCAGCAACACGGCUUCCCAGGCAGCCAAGUCCAACAACCUACACAACCUCAGCAACCACUACGUCCACAACAUCCUGGUAGCCAUCACGAACAAAGUCCACUAUCUAAAACCACUCAAGGUGCUAUCGAUGUAUUCAUGGCAUCAAAGCAGCCAAACGGCGAGAUUGGUGGUAUAGGUUAUUGGCAGACAGCCAACGGCUACACGUGUAUUGCUCUAAGGGACGCGUGGUCCGGGGGCAACUGCAAUGCGACACUCCUCCGAGACCGAUUGUCGACAGUGGAAAGUCAUCACAAGCAUUUCAUCAACGAGUUCAACGACGACACCUUGUGGUGGGGUCAUUGCCUGCUUGAUGCUUACAUGACCAGUCCUGACUCGUAUUACCUCGAGAAUGCUCGCCAGAUCUGGCAACAUGUAGAGCGUAGUAUGCUAGCUCCCGGUCAGGCCAAGGUCAGAGACAUGGAUAUGGCUGGUGCCGUCAUGUGGACCACCAGGCCGAACGAGGAACAGGUAAACGCCAUUACGACUGGUCUGUUUUCGGAACUCUCUGCCCGUCUUGCUUUGCUACAGAAACCAGGUCGGGAAACUGCAGAGAUGCUCGAAGCGGCCGAGAGAAGCUUCGCCUGGAUUGAACGCUGUCGUUACCGCUCAAAUGAAUGCAUUGUACUCGACACGAUCAAGCUCAAGUCCCAAGAGUGUGUCGACUGGACCUUCACUUACUGCACCGGACAGGCCAUAGCCGCAGCCACUGCGAUCUUUACAACUCUCAGCUUUAGCAGUCAUAAUUCACAUAGCAACAAGUCGCCACAUGGUUACCUAUCACUGGCUUGCGACAUGGCACGUAAAGCAAUAUGUCGAAACGGCUGGGUUGAGCACGAUGGUACCUUGACCGAGCACGGCGCAUAUGGCAAAGGCAACCAUGAGCCUUGGAAAAAUGACGACGCAGUCGGAUUCAAGUCUGUCUUGUUGCGUAGUCUGGCAAAGCUGCUCAAGCUCCUACGCGAAGCCGACCAAGAGCCCGAUUUGCAGCGACGACUGACAGAAUUCAUCAAGAAACAGUACGACAGCUUGCAGCAACGCAACACCAACGGAAACAAUCAGUAUGGUCCCUGGUGGGCAGGACCUAUGGAGCUGCCGACCAGCCAUAGUCAGAUGGCAGCACUUGAUGUGAUGGCGGCUAUACAUCUUGUGCAGACUUGA